ACAGCAAUCACAUCCUCAAUAAGUCAGGAGAGCGCCGAGGGGAGCUCGAAAGAUCGAUCAGCAAUGGCGAAGGUUUCUAAUAGUGCCGUGGUUCUCCUAAUGCUGCUCAUCGCAGCAUGGAGGACGACGCCGGUGAUGUCCCAUGCCAAGCCGACCAAGCCAGCCGAUGAGCCGGGGCUAGACUACGGACCCAGCACCGGACGCCGGGUGAAGCCUGAGAACAAGGCAAGCACGACGCCUGAGAACAAGCCAAGCGCGCCAACAAAGCCAGAUCCGGAAUUUGUCAAGGCGGCAGGUGAGGCUACACUUUUGCUCAAGGCCAAGCAAGAAAUGUCGAAGCGCAUGGUGAAGCACAUCGAGGGCAUCGUCGCAAACGUGAAAUUCGCGUUCCAUCUGAAAGUGAUGCUGCUGAUCAAGUCGGCGGAGUUCAUGAUGACCAUGGCCGGGCAGGUCGCGGAGCAGAUGACACUAGUUUGCAAGCAUCACCCUACUGUUGCCGCCGAAGACACCAUUAAAGCGCUCAGGCUUCAGCAGGACGUUCUUAAAAAGACCACGGAACGUUGCAAGGCUGCGGCCACCGAUGCUGCAAUGGCACAGAAGGCCAAGAUUGAGAUGCUCAACGGCGUGGCGAAGGACCUCUGCGCCGUUGCAGGAGACAUAGCCAUCAGCAUGUCAUCGCUAGCUGAGGGUGCAGCAGGAAUUUCUGGUCGGGUAGUAGUUGGUGUCGACAUCAAAGUUCGUGCUGAUGUUGAGGCUAAAGCUCUGGCUAAAGUAGAAGCUGAAGCCGUUGCCGAUGCUCAAGCUAUGGACAAAGCUGAAGAUGAAGUCGUUGCUGCGGCUGCAGCAAAAACUAAAGGCGGUGCGGGAGGAUAUGUAGGUGGCAAAACUUCUGGUGGUGCUAAGGCAGGGGGCAGCGGCAAAGUAGAUGCUGGAGUUGGUGGCGAUGCGAGCGUUUCUGGUGGUGUUUCUGGAGGUGCAAAAAUCGGCGGUGAUGCCAGUGCUGGAGCUGAUGCCAGUGCCGGAGCUGGAGCUGGUGGCAAUGCCAAAGCCAAAACUGUUGCUAAGGGUAAAGCAGCUGGAAGUGCAAAGGCUAGUGCUUCAGGGGGUGCUAAAAUUAGUGGUGGCAUCCACUUCUCCGCAGGUGCUAGAAUUGGUGGUGGCGUUAAAGGAAAAGCUGGUGGAAGCGGCAAAGCUAAAGCUACCGCUGGUGGCAGUACCUCAAAGAGUGCUGCUGCAGUAGGUGGAGAAACUGCAGGAAAUGUUGAUGCGAGUGGCAAAGCUGAAGCUGGUGCCAAGGCUGGUGGUGAUGCUACUGUCGGUGGUGGUGUCUCUGGAGGCGCCAAAGUUAGCGGUGGCGCUGCAGAAAAGGCAUAUACUGGAGCUGACGCCGGUGGAGGUGUUUCAGGUGGAGGAUCUGGUGGUGCCAAAGCUGAUAUUGGUGGUACCGUGGGUGGUGGUGUCUCUGGAGGUGCCAAAAUUGGUGGUGGCGUCAAGGGAGAUGCAGGAGGCAGUGCUGGAACUAGUGCCGAUGCAAGUGUUUCCGGUGGAGGAUCUGGCGGCGCCGAUGCUACCGUGAGUGGUGGUGUCGCCGGAGGUGCCAAAGUUAGCGGUGGCGUCAAAGGAGAUGCAGGAGGGAGUGGCGAGGCCUAUACCGGAACUGAUGCCGAUGCAAGUGUUUCCGGUGGAGGAUCCGGUGGCGCCGAUGCUGCCGUGAGUGGUGGUGUCUCCGGAGGUGCCAAAGUUAGCGGUGGCGUCAAAGGAGAUGCAGGAGGGAGUGGCAAGGCCUAUACCGGAACUGAUGGCGAUGCAAGUGUUUCCGGUGGAGGAUCUGGUGGCGCCGAUGCUGCCGUGAGUGGUGGUGUCUCCGGAGGUGCCAAAGUUAGCGGUGGCGUCAAAGGAGAUGCUGGAGGGAGUGACAAGGCCUAUACUGGAACUGAUGGGGAUGCAAGUGUUUCCGGUGGAGGGUCUGGUGGCGCCAAAGCUGAUAUUGGUGGUACCGUGGGUGGUGGUGUCUCCGGAGGCGCCAAAAUUGGUGGUGGCGUCAAAGGAGAUGCAGGAGGAAGUGGUGAUGCCGCUGCAAGUACUUCUGCAGAAGCUAAGGCUGGAGGGAGCAAAUCAUCUGGGGGUGGGUCGGAUUUUGGCUAUGGUGCAUCGAGCAAGGAAUUAUAGAUGAGCAAGGAAUUUUGGCCACCGUAAGAAUGAUGCAUUCAGUAUGCUCGGUCCCAAAGAAUUUAUUCCUAUUAUUUUUGUAACCAAGUGUUGUUUUACCAUGCACCGGUCAAUAGUGUGGAGGCAAUAUGGUAACUCCCCUUGACUGGACAAUACCAAUAACCUUUUGUAUAUUUUUCUUUGCUUAUUAAUUGACAUUGUCAUGUAAACCAGAACAGCCUGAGAGGCUGAUUCUCAUGAGAAAUAUGACAUUUCUAAUUUCAUGGCUUCA